AUGCCCGAGCGAAUUACAACCAGCAUUCCGGCCCAUUCGUCCCAUUCGUCCCAAGACAAAACCUCGCCACGGGCCAAGGCCGAUGCCGCGCGCGCCAUGGACCAUACCAUCUCCUGGCAGCCCAGCAUGCAGCGUCGCCAGAGCUGGAGUAAGGAGGACCAGAAGCACCAGCUGCAAAUGUCGACCAUGGACACGGCCAACAAGGCCCCCGGCUUCACCGAGAAGAGGUAG